CGAGGGGGUCACUGACGAGACGACGAUUGUGUGUGUGCCGUGGGCGAUCCCCGGCUUCUCUCUCUGUACGAGGUUAGAUUGCCGUCGGUUGGGCUGGUCAAACAAGGCGGAUUUCACAAGAUUGCCUGCUACUGGCUGUUGGCUGUUCGCACAAUGGAAAGAGAAAAAGGUUCAACCAGCCGGUGGAGGGAGUGGGGUUGCGUGACAAAGCUCGAUAUGCGAAGCGGCCAUCGCCGACACGCCAGCACUUUGCUGCGAGAACGAGGACCAAGCGGGCGUUGGUCAUCAACCAGCCUGGUGCAAUGGUGCAAUUCUGCCGUGGUGCUGCGGUGCUGUGGUGCUCUGGUGCUCUGGAUGGGAUGGUGCAGUAUCCGCAAGCGCACACAGCCGCAGACGAGCCCAUUCAACUGGUGGACAACAUUCAACUGGUGGAUAGAUGAGGCGGCCGACGAACGCCGCGAACGCCGCUCGAGGUCAUGGCGGGCCGCCUCUCUCUGCCCCCAAGUCGAAGCCCUGAUGCUGGACAUCUCGAGUGUUAGCGAGACAAGUUCAUGGCCUCCGGAUGGCCCGCGCUUCAAUCCGUCCAAUUCAUCUGGUUUUACGUGCCUCACUGACUGCAGCGGCGACGCCCUGUCCGAGAUUGCGCUGCGCUUCGUGCCUUGGUGCAACAAGGCCUUGUUCUGAGCAUUGUCGUAUUUUUAGAAGCCUGUCGACUCGAAAGAGCAUUGCACGGAGCAAGUCCCGGUCUAGAUCAGGUCCAUCAACGCCAAGCCCGUGACUGCCAGGCGGCUGGUAAUUGGAUCCAGCUGAGGGCACUCGGCCGAGUCGGCGGUCCAG